GAACGUGGUGGGCAGCGGAUGAGGCAGGGGGUGUGGGAUCUCCGCAGGCAGGCUACACGUAGUGGCCCGGGGCGAGGCGGGGAAACUGAGGCCUGGCCACGUAGUGCCCCGCGGGGGGCUGACCCCCCCUGAGCAGUGGAGGAGGGCAGCGGGAGGCUCACGGCGGCCUUUGGGGCCCCACAGGCAGAGCCAGCCAUGAGCUCAGUGUGGCAGGGGCUGCCGGGGGCCAGAGGCCGCAGGAGCCACCAGAUGCUGACCGAGGAGGAGUCCGGGAGCCCCGGGGGCCGGCAGCCCCGCCCCAGGAAGCCGCUGGCCAGCUCCCUGGACACGCUGUGUGCCCGCCUGAGCAGACGCCUGCCCCUGGCAGCCCUCGAUGCCAACUUCCAGGACGGGCCCUCUUGGGAGCCCCUGGAAGGCCCGGCGAGAGCCCGGGGGGCCUUGGGAUCCGCGGCCCAGAGAUUCCAGCCAUCCUGCCGGGCUGCUGCCCCCACAGAGAGCCCCCACCCCAGGAGGAGGAGGGGGAGGAGCGCCCGGCUCUCUGGUGCCACCCCUCCGGCCUCCGGGCUGAGAAGACUGUCCAGGUGGCUGGCCAGGGACCCCCUCCACCCCCUGAGGAGACGCUCCCAGCGGGAAGCAGCCCUCGGCAGCCCGUAUGCCUCCCCGGCCCCUCUCUGCUCUCCGAGAGAUGGAGGCUGCGAGGAGGAGGAGGAAGAGGAGGAGGCCGAGGCAGAGUCCGUGGCCUCGGGGAUCCGGCAGCUGGAGCAUCUCUCGCUGGCCUUCGACAAGGCCAUCUCCAUGGACAAGAGUGACGCGACUGUGUGUCUCCUCCAAAACUGAAGAGGGUGCGGGCAGAGCAGGUACGGAUGGGGCGCCCCGACCACCCCUCUGGGCUCCAGCUCGUGUGGGCCUCCGGAGGGGCGGCCGGCCUACAAUGAGCUUCUGGAUGGACGCCCGCCUCAGCCCUGCUGACACAGCCAAAGGGGGCUUCAACUCGGUCUAUUAAAAGCUGUCUUCUGA